UCGCACUUUCGUCAGUAUCCUUACAUCUAUUUACGAGGUCUAUCUCGAAGCUUGCCCGGAGAUGGCCGAGUUGUUACGAUUGCCAGACUAGAAGCCUGCGAUAAAAGUUUGUUUUUGAUAUUAUAAAAUUAACUUCAAAAUGCCGGACCUUUUUGGAUCAGAUAUGUUGGAAGUAAAAGAAGAAAAGAAGGAAGACAAACCAAUUCAAGGUACACAGUCAUUACCACCUGCACCAUGUACAAUUAAUGCUGACUCAGACGAUCACAUCAACAGUGGGAAGCUUGGGGACCAUGUGGCACCAACUGAUACAGAGGGGGGCAUUGACCCUGAUAUCACCAAGAUGCAGAACAAACCAUUGGAAACAACACGAAACCUGUCUCAAGAGGAGACAGAACAUGAACCAAACAGUUGUCAAGAUGCCAUGCCUACUCAAUCGGUAACCAAUGAUGCUUCUACGAGAGACAUUGACGAUUAUUAUGACCGUCAUUACACUGAUGGUAUUUGUAGUUUAAAUCAGAAUCAAGAAAAAGCUGACAAAAAACAAUCACCUUCUGCAUCAAAUCAUAAUGUAUGCAUCACAAAUGAGUGCAUAAAGGAUGGGAAAGAGACAAAAAAAUCAAACACUUCUGAUUGUGACACGAAUGAACUAAAACAAAUUGAAAAUGAAGAACAAUCCAAUGAAAUACUUACAGCUGUGGUUCUCCAUAAUACUGAUGACAAAAGUGUUGAUGAAAGCAAAGGCAAUGGGAAAAAAGUUGCCAUUGAAGAUAGUGAAGAUAAUGGGAUGCAUGGUGAUGUUGGCACAGACAAAGUGAAGAAAGCUGCCAAAGGCACAGGCAAGGUGAAGACAGAACAUGAACCAAACAGUUGUCAAGAUGCCAUGCCUACUCAAUCGGUAACCAAUGAUGCUUCUACGAGAGACAUUGACGAUUAUUAUGACCGUCAUUACACUGAUGGUAUUUGUAGUUUAAAUCAGAAUCAAGAAAAAGCUGACAAAAAACAAUCACCUUCUGCAUCAAAUCAUAAUGUAUGCAUCACAAAUGAGUGCAUAAAGGAUGGGAAAGAGAAAAAAAAAUCAAACACUUCUGAUUGUGACACGAAUGAACUAAAACAAAUUGAAAAUAAAGAACAAUCCAAUGAAAUACUUACAGCUGUGGUUCUCCAUAAUACUGAUGACAAAAGUGUUGAUGAAAGCAAAGGCAAUGGGAAAAAAGUUGCCAUUGAAGAUAGUGAAGAUAAUGGGACGCAUGGUGAUGUUGGCACAGACAAAGUGAAGAAAGCUGCCAAAGGCACAGGCAAGGUGAAGAAAGUUGCCAAAGGCACAGGCAAGGUGAAGAAAGCUGCCAAAGGCACAGACAAGGUGAAGAAAGCUGCCAAAGGCACAGGCAAUGUGAAGAAAGUUGCCAAAGGCACAGGCAAGGUGAAGAAAGCUGCCAAAGGCACAGGCAAGGUAAAGAAAGGUGCCAAAGGCACAGGCAAGGUGAAGAAAGUUGCCAAAGGCACAGGCAAGGUGAAGAAAGCUGCCAAAGGCACAGGCAAGAUGAAGAAAGCUGCCAAAGGCACAGGCAAGGUGAAGAAAGUUGCCAAAGGCACAGGCAAUGGGAAGAAAGUCACCAAUGACAUAAAGAAAGGGAUUGUCAGCAAUGGAAAUGCAGGAAUCAGCAAGAAGCUGGUUGUAUUGUUUCAGAUACUUUUGGGUUUGUGCUUACUCGUGUAUGUUCAAGCUCCUGUUGUAAAAGAAGUCGCUAAAGGAGAACAGCCAUUGUUUUUGGUGGUAAUAGUAUGUACCACAGAUAGGCAAGACAUUGUCAAUGUCGAAGGAAAAGACGACUAUGUCAAAGGAAAAGACAAAUGGAUAGGGGGCUGCACUUUUCAGGAUUCAUCAUCAGAACUGGGAAAAGCAGAAUACAAGGAUUUUUAUAACAUAUUGAACCAACCAUUUAGAUGUUGUAAAUUCAGCGUCUCCAAGCAGAGUAGAACCCGGAUGACUUACAAUAUCUCCUCACUUACUUCUACAUUGAAUACAGCAGAAAUUUCUAUUUAUGGGAAGGCACCAGUAUUUAUGAGUCCAUCUUCAUUUAAUACAUUAGGAGUUUCAGAUGACAUGAUGGCAUCAGUAUCUAUGAGUACAUCCAACCUGGUUGUGAUACUAGAAGGAAGAGAAAGCCAUGGACCAGGAAAUGAAAACAAUGGCAGCGUGGUGGGCUGGGUAGUAGGGCCUCCUAUUGGAAUUGUGGCUACAGUCAUCGUCUUCAUCUUUAUCAAGAGAGUGACCAAGUGGUAUAAAACACGAAAAAAUUACAACCCAAGUGCCAACGGUGGUGAUGUUGAAGAUGAACAAACUGAAAAUACAGGGCCCGAUGAACAUUCAGAUGAAAGUUUACUGAAUGGUCCCAAUGCAAACGGAAUUGAUUGAGGAAGUACAGAAGUGUAAUGGACAACAACUGCUUGAAGGUCUUGGACCAGAUGUGGAACCACUGCAGAAUUGUUUCCAUUGUUAGGAGGAUUAUUCAAUUUUCUUUUCUUUUUUAUUGCAUCAAAACUGCAGCUUAUGUGUAUUAAGAAUAUAUUAAGAUUUGUAAUGUUUGUACUUGGCAUGGUUUGGAAAUCUAUCAUUUAGAAUAGUAUGUUUGUAACAACGUAAAUGCAUUAAACUAUGCAAUAUACCAAUGAGCAAAUAUCAUCAUUUGCUGAAGGGUUCCAGCUUUUGGUAUCUUAGUUUAAACACUCCUAAUGAUUUGCCAUGCUUUAUUUCGUCAUACAAAAAAAUAGUGCAUUCUACAAAAGCAUGAGAUUUUUGACUUAACAAUAUAGAUAAUUUUUCAUUUGAAAAUACUUGUAUCACAUUAAUUUUGAAGUAUUUUAUUUAAAAAAAAAUUCAUUAUUCACCACGAUUAUUUUUAACAUUUGGGUUAUUUCUGAUAAGGAUAGAUAUUUGUUGAAAUCUGAGUGGCUGUUUCAUUUAAUUUUUGAUUGGCUGUUUCAUUAACACCACAUUUGUACAAAAUUGUUGCACUCUUACUAUUUUUCAUUUGAUGGCUUAUUAGUUCACUUCAGACAGGUGAACAAAUUUUAACUAUUCCCUUAGUUGUAAUGAACAAUCUCUGUUUUGGUCCAGUUUGAGAUUUAACAGAAAGAUUAAUGUUAUUAGUAACUUGUUACCAAAGAGUCUGAUUAGCCUUUGUUUUUAUUGUUGUCUGGAAAAUCCGUGUUUUAUCGACUGAUUUUAAAAGUGCUUAAAUAGAAAAUAAGGUUAAUUGGAUUAGAUCCAGAUAAAUUUUUUACUCUUUCAAUCAGAUGAGGCAUGGCUUCACAUGCUUUUCUGUUAGGACUACCUGCGGAUGUAAUAACUGAUGGGGGGGGUCAGCUUUUCGACGUUUGUAAGUCUUGUCUUCAAUAUUCAAUUCAGGAUAAAGUUAGAAUAGGGAAUUUAAUAAAUCAAAAUUUUGGAGAUCCUGAAUUAAGUGAGUAUUAAGUGUUUUCACUGAUUGGCUUUUAUCCUUUGUCCUAACAUAAAAGUAUGGUUGGGGUACUUACACUCGCAGGACUUGAUAUGGUAUUUUAAUGCCUUUUUUAUGUGUACAUAUUUUUGCUUUGAGUUUGUUUUUUCACGCUUUGGGUUGGUGUUUUUAUUCUUGUAAUUUAUUAUUAAACAUUUGUUUAUAUUAAUUACUAGUAUUUGUAUAUAUCAUUGUGACACCACAUAACAUUAGAACAUUACGUUUUGACAAACAAUCACUUUGUAAUUUCUUAUCAAUAGCACUUAAUGAAUAGAAAGUUGAGCAUAUUUGAUUUAUUUAUUAAAUAGCUAAUCAUUCGCUGUGAUUAUUUUUAACAUUUGGGUUAGUUCUGAUUUGUUUUUUUGUUCAUUUGUGCUUUAUAAAAUAACAUGUUUAAAUUUGAAUUUAUGUCGCUAAAUGUUAACCAUUGCUUGAGUUGUUUAUUGUAUGGUUAGCUUUAUAUACUAAAGCAUUGUGUGGACCUCGGGAAUUUAUCGGACAUUAUAUGAGACUCUAUCAUAGUUAUAUACUCACUUUUAAUUGUUUAAUUCUUUUUAAGUGGCACUGAGGUUUUAAUGGCUGCUUAAAUAUUGAAUCAUAUGCACAAGACAUUGUUAUUUCUAGUAUGACUGCAUUAUUUUCUUUUUUUCUUGCUGUAAUGUAUUUUCGUUAGACAUUAAACAAAUUGAAACUCUUUAAUUUUAAUUUAGUGUACUAUUUCAGCUUCCAGUUUAAAUUGUGAGUCUAUUGUUUUCAUGUUUUGAAUUUAACUACGAACUGUUGAUUUCAAAUUUAUAGUUUAAAAUGUUUUUAGCUCGACUAUUCGAAGAAUAGGUGGGCUAUACUACUCGCCCCAGCGUCGGCGUCCGGUUAAAGUUUUAGGGCAAGUUGGGAUUUUCACUAAUAAGUCCAAUACACUACAUUCAAUUGACUUAAUACUUCACACAGUUGUUCAGGGCCAUCACAUGAUGAGGUUAGAUAACUCCAUAUUAUUCUUUACACAGAUUAUGGCCCCUGAUUGACUAUGGAACUUCAGUUACUUGGGUUAAAGUUUUAGGGCAAGUUGGAAUAUUUAUUAAUAACUUCUAUAUCCUUUGUUCAAUUGACUUAAUACUUCACACAGUUGUUCAGGACCAUCCCACAAUGAGGUUACAUAACUCCAUAUUAUCCUAAAUACAAGUUAUGGCCCCUGAUUGACUUAGGUUAAAGUUUUAGGGCAGGUUAAAGUUUUAGGGCAAGUUGGGAUUUUCACUUAAAACUCCAAUACCAUUCAUUCAAUUGACUUAAUACUUCACACAGAUGUUCAGAGCCAUCACAUAAUGAGGUUAGAUAACUCCAUAUAUAAUUUUAUACAAAUUAUGGCCCCUGAUUGACUAUGGAACUUAGGUUAAAGUUUUAGGGCAGGUUGGGAUAUUGUUUAAUAACUUAUAUACCCUUUAUUCAAUUGACUUAAUACUUCACACAAUUGUUCAGGACCAUCACCCAAUGAGGUUAAAUAACUCCAUAUCCUUAAUACAAGUUAUGGCCCCUGAUUGACUUAGGUUAAAGUUUUAGGCAAGUAAAAGUUGAAGGGCAAGUUGGGAUUUUAAUAAAAAAAACUUCUAUACCGUUCAUUAAAUGCACUUAAUAAAAUUCAAAAUUAUUUAUGACCAUCUAACAACAAGAAACAUAACUCCGUUUUAAGCCUAAAUACAAAUUAUGGCCUUUGAUUUUUUUUUUUAUUUCCUUUGAAAGGCAUAUUUGAAUAUUCUUAACCACAUUUUCAUAAUGAGAAAUCAAGUUAUUUGAAUGACUUGCGUCAUUGUUUUGGCGGGCUGGUGGGAGGGCAGCAUCAAAGUCACCUUAUGAAUCGAAUAAUUUUAGUUAGGUUUGAAAUAAAGGGACUAAACUUGGCAUUAUUGCAUCGUUAUUGUUUUCUAAGUCAAAGCGGCGUAGUCGAGCGCGCUGUCUUACGAUGGCUCUUGUUUUAUUAGCACUUCUCUCAAAAGCUUGUUCUAUAUCAAUAAACGCACCAAAAAAUCA